AUGGUCUUGAAGAUUGCAAAGUGUAAUGGCUCCGCAGAGAAUCGUCGCGCUGUUCAUGCUGAUGCCGCUCGUGAAGCUGCUAUGUUGCAUCGACUCUCUCAUGAGAACAUCCUCGCAUUACGUGGAGUUUGCAUUCAGAUCGCCGAUGAUGGUUGUUGGGACAUGCAUCUGUUAGUGGAUUAUUGUGAAGGUGGAAGUUUAUCGAGGCUGAUACUUGACCACGCGACAUCAUUCCCAUGGAGUCAAAGAGUUCGCUACGCGUUAGAUAUUUCCGUAGCUAUGCAGUAUAUACAUUCCCAUAGAAUCAUCCAUCGCGAUCUCACGAGUAUGAACGUCCUCUUGCAAACUUCUCAUGGAAGUUCAAUCUGGGGCCGAGCAGUUGUAGCCGAUUUUGGGUUGUCAUGUCGAUUUCCAAGACGUGGAGAGAAGCUCCCUCAAGUUGGAACUACAUACUUCAUGAGCCCAGAAUGCCUCAAAGAGGAGUACUAUGAUGAAAAGUCGGAUGUGUUCUCAUUUGGAGUGAUAAUGUGUCAAUUGAUCGCAAGAAUUGAUGCCGAUCCCGACAGUGGUCUACAUCGAACGAGUAACUUUGGCCUCGAUUAUGUGCGCUUUACGCCUUGCUGCCCUCUAGAUACCCCGAUUUCGUUUCUUAAGCUGGCCUUCCAUUCAUGUGUUAUGGAUCCUUUGGAAAGACCGUCUUUCGAAAUGCUAGUACUUUUGCUACAGAAAGUAAUUAGUGCGGUACCUUCUUCUCCACACCCAUUAGAAGUUCGUGGAGAAAGUAGGUUAUCUCGAUCUCGAUCCGAUGCCGCUCUGAAGAAACCAGCAGCAGCUGUAAUGGCCGCUAGGAAGAUGUCCAGUAAUUACUCCAAAACUGUGCGCCCAAUCAUAGAAGGCGAGUCAACGGAACUGGAAAGCUCCUUCUUAGCAAUGGAAAGACUAGCGCGUGAUGUAGCACGAGAUGAACCAACUCUGGAUCACACAAAUCCAUUCCUGGAUCAUGAGCGGUUCCGAAAGGAGAGGAAGAUUAUUCCUAAAAAAGGAAAUCGUCGGCGAAGUGAAACAAAACCCGAACGUGGCCUUUCUGAUGGUAAUUGUUUGGUAGGAGACCAUAUCCGUCUUUCCCCACAGAGCCCUCAUUUUGGAGUAUUCCGGCGAAGGUGCUCGUCACUUCCGCCAGAAAUCGAUUCAUCGUCCAUGUCGAGGGGUCUAAAUGAGGACAAGUCGGAGUUUUGUCCGGGAGGAGUGCCACUGGUUUAUCGUGAUUUCGACAUGGCACUGUUCACUUCGCGAUGA